AUGCUGCAGGGUGCUCCACGUGGAGGUGGAGUAGGAGGUGGAGGAGGAGGUGGUGGGGGAGGAGGUGGCGUGGGAGGCAAAGCCCUGCGGGAGAUGAGCAUGGAGGAGCAGCAGGAGCUCCGGCGCAAGAUCAACAGCCGUGAGAGGAAGCGCAUGCAGGACCUGAACAUGGCCAUGGACGCCCUGCGCGAGGUCAUGGUCCCCUACUCCUCCACGUCAUCCGGUGGGGGUGGCCAUCACCACCACCACUACCACCACCACCAGCAGCAGCCCAUGCAGCAGCACCCCUACCUGGGCAGCAGUCAGCAGCACUCCCCUGGUGGUGGGGGCGUACCGCAGGCGGGGCGGCGGUUGUCUAAGAUCUCCACGCUGGUGCUGGCGCGAAACUACAUCCUGCUGCUGGCCUCCUCGCUGCAGGAGAUGCGCCGGCUGCUGGGGGAGCUGAGCGUGGGGGUCGGGGUGGGGAUGAGCGGGAUCGGGGCUGGGGGCAUGGGUGUUGGAGGUGUGGGUGUCCAGCGCAUGCUGCUGGCCGGCGGGUGGCCGUUCCUGGCGGGUGCCCCUGCCGGACAGCUCCUGCUCACGGCCGAGACGCUCCUGGCCAUCCCUGGUGCCCCUUCUUCUUCUGCCUCCUCCUCAUCCUCAUCCUCAUCAUCAUCUGUGUCCUCUUCCUCCUCCUCCUCACCCUCUUCCUCCAAGUGCCCCCUGCUCCCAGUGCCUGCUCCUCUGCCGCCCCAGGAGGAGGUGGUUGUGUGGGGCUCGACUGGUGGCAGUGCUGGUGGUGCUGGUGGUGGCGGCAGUAGUGGUGGUGUGCUGGCUGGGAUGGUCAGUGGUGGUCCCAUGUGUCCAUGUGGGGUGUGCAGGGUACCCAGGAUGAUGCAUCCGACUCCAGGGCCACGCUUCCCAAAGUGA